CAUUCGUUCAGUGGCACUCAUCUUUAGGCCUGAUGGGUUGGGUUAAAGGAAGAGGUGCGUGCCCACAUAGUCAAGGUGCUUCUGGUUGCCUCAUCAGCCCACUUUUCAUGAACUUCUUCUUUGGAUGCUGAAGUUUGAUAUGCACAAUAAAUAAAGUAGAUCAAAUUCUGAAAUGACUCUUAAUGUAAGAGUAGCUGUUGGUGCCAAUUCUGAUGUCUUGGGUUUGAAUGGAAGGACCACUGAGUUGAAGCUUGGCAUUGAUGUUCAACUAAGUUUGGAGAAUAUUCUCCAUGAUGAUGCUGCUGCAUUUAGCUGCAUGCUCUGACAUCCCUCGUAAGAUAGUUCUUGAAGGGCAAAAACCCCCUCCUGCUGCUAGCUAGCUGUAAGACGCUUAAAGCUUUCCUAAAGACCACCAUUGGUAGGGUAAUGCCCACUGCAGCCUGCAGCAUCUGAUUCAAAGGAUACAACAACACCAAGCAAGCAACACAGCCAAAAUUCAAUUCUAAGUUUGGUGUGACUCAUCAGAGGGGGUAGAGGGGUAGAAGUAAACGUAAUUUGCCUCACGAGUUACUCGGCGGUGGUCAGGAGGGGUCCCCACUGGCGGCGCGGUUGAAUUCACGGUGGCCACGGGAGGCUGGCGUCCCCUUGCGUCCGUCGCCGGCCACGCGUCUCCCGCCGGUGCAUGCACCUGGUUAUUCCUCUCUCCCGCUGCUUCCUCAAAUUGUGUUGUCUCUUUUUCCCUCCUUCGAAUAUGGGAAAUAUAAUAAUUGCCCUUUUUCUUUUUUGCCCCUGCCUUUUUCUGUAUUCUUUGGCUUUGCUCGACGAGACCAAACCCCUAAAUAAACCCCAUCCCUUCCCCCACCCAACCACCCACCCAUCGCAAUUGCAUGCACCUCCUCAUGUCUGUUGAAGCUCAUCACCUGCGCCUCUUCCCUUCCCAACUCAUCGCGAACGGUGAGGCUGUCGGCGGCGUUCAUCAGGAUCAAUCUGCCAUCUACAACAUGCAGCUGGGGUUUGCUGCGCCGACGGCUGGACCUUUGGCUGCCGCCUCGACCUCCGAGAGCAGCCUCACCUUCAACAACCUCCCCGCGGGUUCCAGGAAGCGGCCGCGGGAGUUCUCCGAGCACGCGCUCUCCUUUCUCGGCGAGGAUUUCUCCGCCCUCGUCCAGCAGCAGAUGCUCCACGUCGACUGCCUCGUCCUCCACCACGUGGAGAAGGUGAGGAUGGAGUCCGUGGAGCGGCUGAAGCGGUUCCUGCGGCGGGUCCUGGCGACGGUGGAGGAAGGAGUGUCCAAGCGGCUGAGGGCGAAGGAGGAAGAAAUGGAGAGGCUGAAGAAUCUGAACUGGGCGCUGGAGGAGCGCAUCCGAGGUCUCUGCGUGGAGAACCAGAUGUGGCGGGAGCUGGCCCGGAGCAACGAGGCCGCGACCCACGCGCUGCGGGCCAACCUGGAUCGGGCGCUGGCCGCCGCCGCGGAGGCGGAGGCCAAGGCCGAGGCGGCCGUCGACGACGCCGAGUCCUGUUGCUGCGGCGGAGUGGACAAUGCGGAGGCGGAGAGGAAGAGGGUCGCGUGCCGUCUGUGCGGCGAGAAGCAGCCGGCCGUGCUGCUGCUGCCCUGCCGGCAUCUCUGCGUCUGCGUCGCCUGCGGACCGGCCGUCGCCGUCUGCCCCGUCUGCAACUGCGACAAAAGCGGCAGCAUCCUCAUCAACAUGUCGUAAUCGACUCGUCCUCCAUGAAUGCAAGAAAAAAGCAAUAAAACUGAGAUACAAUUUAGCA